ACCGCAGCGGCCGGGUGUCGGAGAGCGCCGUGCUCCCCGCGCUCUGUCAUGAGCCCCAACGCCCCCCGGCUCCCUCCCCUGCUCCUCCUCCUGCUGCCUCCGCUGCUGCUGCUCCCGCUCCCGCCCGCGGCGCGCGGUGACUGUCCGGAGCCCCCAGAAAUACCCAAUGCCCACCCACUUUUGCCAGAUCCUCCAGAAUUUCCCACUGGCACUUCCCUAACUUACAGCUGUAAUAAAGGAUUUGUGAAAAUUCCCGAAAAGUCAAAUUCAGUAGUCUGCCUUGAAAAUGAUCAGUGGUCGGCGUCUACAGAGUUCUGCAACCGGUCCUGUGACGUCCCUCCAACUUUACGAUUUGCCUCUCUGAAGUCUGAAUAUAGAACUCAGAACUACUUUCCUGUCAGUUCUGUGGUGGAAUAUGAGUGCCGUCCAGGUUACAAAAGAGACUUGUCGCUUUCACCUAAUCUAACUUGCCUUGAGAAUUUACUGUGGUCCAAAGUGCCUGACUUCUGUAUAAGAAAACAGUGUCCUUCUCCGCCCGACCUACCGAAUGGUCAAGUUCAUAUAACCGAUAUAUUAUUUGGCUCAGUCAUCCUCUUCAGUUGUAAUGAAGGGUACAAAUUGAUUGGGGAACAUUCCAGCACCUGUGAAUUAGUUGACCAAACUCUGGCCUGGAGUAAUUCACAUCCAGAUUGUGCACCAAUUUUGUGCCCUUCACCUCCAAAUAUUGCCAAUGGAUCAUGGCAACGGAAUGAAAAUGAUGAGUAUCCAGCUGGAGCAUCAGUGCCUUAUGCCUGUAACAGAGGUUUCUCACUUGUUGGAAACAGAGAUCUUGUUUGUGGCAAUGAUGGAAACUGGAGUAGCCCUCCCCCAGAAUGUAAAGUUGUUUCUUGUGAAAAUCCAGUAGUCCAAGAUGGAGUUCUGGAAAAUCCAUCAAAACCACCCUAUUCAUAUGAAACGACACUAAUAUUUAGUUGUAAACCUGGAUUCACCUUGGAAGGGAGUGCAAAAAUCACAUGUGACUCUAACAGCAAAUGGACCCCUGAUCCUCCAAAAUGUCUCAAGAAGGCAACUCUGUGCCCUCCACCGCAAAAUAUUGCCAAUGGAGCAUGGCAACGAAACGGAAGUGAAGAGUUGGUAGCUGGAGCAUCGGUGUUUUAUACUUGUGACAGCGGUUUCUCACUUAUUGGAAACAGAGAUCUUGUUUGUGGCAGCGAUGGAACUUGGAAUGGCCCUCCCCCAGAAUGUAAAGCCACUUUGUGCCCUCCACCGCAAAAUAUUUCCAAUGGAGCAUGGCAACGAAAUGGAAGUGAAGAGUUGGUAGCUGGAGUGUCGGUGUCUUAUACCUGUGAGAGAGGCUUCUCACUUUCUGGAAACAGAGAUCUUGUUUGUGGCAGUGAUGGAACCUGGAGUGGCCCUCCCCCAGAAUGUAAAGCCACUUUGUGCCCUCCACCACAAAAUGUUUCCAAUGGAGCAUGGCAACGAAAUGGAAGUGAAGAGUUGGUAGCCGGAGCAUCGGUGUUUUAUACCUGUGAGAGAGGUUUCUUACUCACUGGAAACAGAGAUCUUGUUUGUGGCAGUGAUGGAACCUGGAGUGGCCCUCCCCCAGAAUGUAAAGGUUUCUGUGAAAAUCCAGUAGUCAAAAAUGGACAUGUGGUUGAACAGUCAUCACCACCACCCUAUUUGUAUCAAGCCACACUACGAUUUAAUUGCAGUGCGGGAUUCACCAUGGAAGGGAAUCCAAGGAUUAGAUGUGAAAAUGGCAACUGGAUCCCUCCCCCUCCACUCUGUCGCAGCUCCUCCACCAUUUCUUCUGGAAGUAUGGGCCUAAUUUUCGCAGUGCUGAUUAUGAAGCUAAUCGCAACUGGCUAGCUGGCAGCAGCAGAAGAUUAGCAGUACAGCAAUUCGUACCAAUACCCCAAACAUCUCUAGGUAGCAUCAAGACUCUUCCACGUGAUUUUCACUGUAGCAUUUUAAAUUGUACUAGAGCUCUAUAGCAUCUUAAUGAAGAGAAGAAACCUCCCCCACCAACCCCCCCAAAAAUGGAUCCUCAGAAUCAUGUUAAUAUCGGCAUUGUUGAAUUUCCCCAAACCAGCUGAAUCAGCUUCUAGCUGUAGCUGCUGGACAAAUUGCAACUUGCUACAUCCAUAUAACUUUGCUCUUCUAAAACAGGGACUAAAGAUCUGAGUGGGUUUAAAUUUAGAACUUUGUCAUUGCAUUCAAGAAAUAAUCUGGCAGUAGAAUUCCACAGAAGUUCUAAAGAUCAUCUUUGUACUAAGUCGAUAGAUUCUAAAUGAAAUCUGAUGAAAAACGUUCCCAAAACAGUUGCCCUGAACAAAACUGCCAGAGGUAUCUGAACUGAAUUUGCUAAUUUCAUCUUGCUGUGAAAUUUUUUCAUCCUGAGGACUUCGAGGAUGAAAAGGUUUCUUAUUCCCUUUUGGGUCCAGGUGAAGUGUGUUUAGUAUCAACAUCAACAAAACAAAGUAUGUUAAUUACCCAAAUCCUUGAAAAUUAACUCAGAAGUCAGCUUCAUGAAAGCUUCAUUUUGCCAUGAAGAAGAUUUAAGGUAAAGAAUCUGGAAUCUGUCCAUUAAAUAUAAAGUGUAGAUUUUUCACUUCAACUGAAUAACAGGAUAAGUACUUCAAGAGGCCUGGGAUGAGGAGAAUAAAAUGAUUUUAUUUUUAUAUCGAUUCUUGUAUAAUAGUGAAUUCCAAAACAAAAUGGUUCUUACAGCUGAAAUGAGGUGUUCCUAGCCAAAUUGUAUAUGUUGCUAUUUUGUAAUAUUAAGGCCUAAUUUAUUUGUACUUAUUUAUACCAGUGAAAAGGAUGAUUUACAUGUUUACCAUGCUAAGUUCUUUUUUUCAGAAAAUUACAAGAAAUAACUUAUUUUCCCUAAAUAAAAGAGCG